CAUUGACAUUAUCUGGAUCUUGGUGAAAUUAUUACUAGAUCCUGAACACAACUUCCCAGCCAAUAAGGCUGGGGAGACACCACUUUAUUUGGCAGCAGAGUCUGGUUUUCAUGAUGCUUUGAUUGAAAUCUUGAACGUUUGCAAAGAACCAACUUAUGUUGCAGGUCUAUCCAAUCGAACACCUCUACAUGCAGCCGUAGUUCAAGAACACACGGGAGAAAUUGGUAGGCGAUUUGUGCAGCAUAAAUGGACGAUUGGGACAACGUGACUUCAAGGUAAAACGGAAAACAGAAACGAUUGGUAACAUAUGACAGAUGAGGAAGGAGGAUGAUCAGGACAAAGCUAAGAGAGACAAAAUAGAAAUAGAAAAAAUUAUGAAGGCAGCUCAAAUACAAGUAGUUGUAGCUACUCUCCUAAUGACAGUCACGUUCGCAGCUGGUUUCACAUUGCCAGGAGGUUUAUACAACGAUGACAGUCCUAAUAAAGGGAUGGCGAUUCUAUUAAGAAAAACAGUGUUUCGUGCAUUUGUUAUUUCAGAUGUCCUGACAUUUGCAUUCUCAGCUGGUGCUAUAUUCAUCUACUUCCUCAUGGCAGAUUGUGAUGUAGACGAAGAUGAAGAAUGUACAAGGGACUGGUUCAAAGUUUUAAGAAGUUAUUAUUAUAUAGCAGGUAUUUUGCAACUUUUGGCAAUGGGUGCUGUUGUAAUUGCAUUUGUGACUGGUAUGUAUGCUACUUUAGCAAAUUCACUUGCUCUUGCUGUUAGUGUUUGUGUCAUUGGUUGUGUCUCUUUUCUUAUGAACUUUUGGAUUUUCUUUUGGGUAUAGAAAACCAAUAAGAAACUCUUAAGAGCUCUUGCUUUUUAGGCCUAUUGAGCCAACAAACAUACUUUGUAGUCAUGCUCAAGUUGCCACCAAAUACUUGGCCCAAAUAUGUAUUAAAUUAUGGUUAGAUUGUAUGAUCUAGUAUAAAUAUUGAGUGCUAAAUAAGUACUUCUUUCUAUGUUCAAGAUUAUUUAGUGAAUUUGUAUUGAACUUUG